CCGACGUCUGUGUCCAAUCGGCUGCGUUGUUGUUCGGACGUGCCCCAGCGCUGGGUCACAUCCGGUCGUAUAUAUGUUGCCACGAGUUAGCGGCGAAUUCGGAGUGUCCAUUUUGGAAGCUGAGAUCCGGCGUCUCCCUCCUUUUUUCCCCCUUUAGUCUCAAGCUUGUGAACAGUUCACCCUCCAAAAUGUCCGACACUGACAAUCUACUGAUGGAGACAUCGGAGCAGAACGGCAACGAAGACGACCAGAAUGGAGCAGGAACCGAGCUGAUGGCUGAGGACGAGAGUGGCGGUGGUGACGGAGGCAAGAUUGAUGCUAGCAAAGGAGAGGAGGAUGCUGGCAAAAUGUUUGUGGGCGGCCUGAGCUGGGAGACGAACAAAAAAGACCUCAAGGACUACUUCAGCAAGUUUGGCGAGGUGUCGGACUGCACCAUCAAAAUCGACUCGGCCAGCGGACGCUCCCGAGGCUUUGGUUUCGUUCUCUUCAAAGACUCUGCCAGUGUGGACAAGGUGCUGGAGCAGGGACAGCACAGGCUCGAUGGCCGCCAGAUUGACCCUAAGAGGGCAUUGGCUAUGAAGAAGGAGCCCGUCAAGAAGAUCUUUGUCGGCGGCUUGAACCCUGAGGCUGCCGAGGAGAGUGUCAGGGAAUACUUUGGCACUUUUGGAGAGAUCGAAACAAUUGAGCUUCCCCUUGACCCCAAGACAAAGAAGAGGAGGGGAUUCAUCUUCAUCACAUACAAAGAUGAGGCCAGCGUGAAGAAGUGCUUGGAGAAGAAGUACCACAACAUCGAGGGCGGAAGGUGUGAGCUGAAGAUCGCUCAGCCAAAAGAAGUGUACCAGCAGCAGCAACAGCAGCAGCAGUAUGGCGGACGUGGCGGUGGCAGCUUUAGCGGUAGAGGAGGUAGGGGCCGUGGAGGUCAAAGCCAGAGCUGGAACCAAGGCUAUGGAGGAGGCUACUACGGCAGCCAAGGCUAUGGUGGCCAAAGCUAUGGCUAUGGAGGAUACAGUGGUUACAGCGGCGCCUAUGACUACCCCUCUGGUUACUAUGGAUACGGCCCUGGUUAUGACUACAGCCAGGGCAGUGCCAGCUAUGGUAAAGCUCCAAGAAGGGGCCACCAGAGCACCUACAAGCCGUACUGAUGGUGUGAGGAUCCAGUGAAACAGGCGGCUUGAUGGACUAAGCACCCUGGGUCCCAACACAACCUCUUUUAAGACAGAAGACCAUUUGUACAGAAAACAUCUGAAAUGUAACUUUUUUUCAUGUUUUAUUUUAUGCUUUCAUUUCUAGGUUUCAUUUUCCCAUUUGGUGGUUUUUUUUUUGUUAUUUUUUUUCCUUCCCCUCCAGCAUUUCCAUUGAAAGGAAGUGUAAUUUUACUGUACUUUUUUGGUACCUGUUUUGAUUCUAAUGUUAUUGUAAGGGUAUUUUACAUGUCGGCUGCCUUUUACAGGUUGGAAAUCUUAGCAUUGUAAAGGAGCUUUUUUGACAAAUAAAAAAAAAACACUUUUCAGUAA